AUGCCGCCACCAUGGUCUUCGAUCCACCGCUUCCAUAAGAAGUCAGCACCCGCCUUCUUAAGCCCUCAAGCAUGGACGCGUAGCGCCUUCCUCGUCGCCAAAGUCUUCGUCGUCGGUCAUGUCUUCUUCUCGUACAUCGGCGGCGUGGGAUCGACCACCGGUAUAUCCAUGGUCCCCACCAUUCCUCAUUCCUUUCGCUCACACCCUUGGAUCUUGUACUCGUCGCUUCACCGUCGAGGCCGGAAUAUACAGGUGGGCGAUGUGAUAACGUAUACGCACCCCAUGUUCCCUAAGCAGCAUGGGUGCAAGCGGGUUAUUGGUAUGCCGGGUGACUUUGUUAGUGUUAUUACGCCGGGACGCAGCGAUGAGAAUAUCGAGGCUGUUGAUGCUGAGGGGAAGUGGGCGAGCGUGAGGGAAGAGGUGAUUCGGGUGCCGGAUGGGCAUUGCUGGGUGCAAGGGGACAAUCUGGAGUGGAGUAGGGAUAGUAGGCUGUUUGGUCCUUUACCGUUGGGUUUGGUCAAGUCGAAAGUGUUGGCGGUUAUUCUGCCGUUUCGAGAGGCAAAAUGGGUGGGUAGUUCGGUUGAUGUAGUCGAUCCGCAGGAGAAGGAAAGAGAAUGGAUCCUGAAGUAA